AUGGAUAACUCCAAGUUCACAGAAAACGCUUUGGAUAUUAUUACCACUGCCCUUAAGUUGGCCAAGCAACAAUCCAAUGUCCAAAUACUUCCGCUACAUUUCUUGGGUGCUUUUGCCAACCCAGACAAUCUUGAAGACGGAAGAAUAACAUAUUUACAAACAAUUGUUGAGAAGGCCAGGUACGACUGGCAGAAAUUGAACAGAUCUAUCAACCAACUGUUGGUAAGAUUGCCAUCUCAAUCAUCACUUCCAGAUGACCCUUCUUUGUCUUAUUCUGCCAAUGAGGUUCUCACAAAAGCUGCUAAAUAUAUGAAGACCCAGAAAGAUGAUUAUAUUGCCCAGGAUCAUAUUUUGUUGGCCCUUAUUGAGGAUUCGAGUGUGAAGAAUCUUUUCAAAGAAAAUGGUAUAAAGGAAGAUACUAUCAAGAAUACCAUUUAUGAAAUUAGAGGCAAUAAGAGAAUUGACUCAAGAAAAGCUGAUACCUCAGAAAAACAUGAAUUCUUAUCCAAGUAUGCCAUUGAUGUUACCGAGCAAGCUAGAGAAGGUAAACUUGAUCCAGUUAUUGGCAGAGAAGAAGAAAUUAGGAGAGCUAUCAGAGUUUUGUCGAGGAGAACCAAAUCCAAUCCAUGUCUUAUUGGUGACCCUGGUGUCGGUAAGACCUCGAUCGUCGAAGGUGUUGCCCAAAGAAUCAUUGAUGGUGACGUUCCAAAUAUUUUGCAGAACUGUAAAUUAUUUGCUCUUGAUAUCACUGCUUUGAGAGCUGGUGCCAAAUAUCAAGGUGAGUUCGAAGAAAGAGUGAAGGGAGUCUUGAAAGACAUCGAGGAUUCUAAGGAUAUGAUUAUUUUGUUCAUUGAUGAAAUCCAUAUGUUGAUGGGUGAUGGUAAAUCUGAUGCUGCUAACUUGUUGAAACCAAUGUUGGCUAGAGGUACUUUACACUGUAUUGGUGCAACUACUAUUACCGAAUACAGAAAGUAUAUUGAAAAAGAUGGCGCUUUCGAGAGAAGAUUUCAAAAGAUUGAUGUUAAAGAACCAUCAGUAAGAGAAACCACCGCUAUUUUAAGAGGUUUGGCUCCAAAAUAUGAAAUUCACCAUGGUGUUAGAAUUUUAGACUCUGCUUUGGUCACUGCUGCUCAAUUAGCCAAAAGAUACUUGACUUACAGAAAGUUACCAGACAGUGCUGUUGAUUUGAUUGAUGAGAGCGCAGCGACUGUUGCAGUGGCAAGGGAUUCAAAGCCAGAAGAAUUGGACUCCAAGGAAAGAGAAUUACAAUUGCUUGAAGUUGAAAUUAAGGCUUUGGAAAGAGAUGCUAAUACUGAUCCACUAACCAAAGAACGUUUGAACCAAGCUAAUCAAAAGAGAGCUUCUUUGGAAGAAGAAUUAGCACCAUUAAGAGAAAGAUUCAAUCAAGAAAUUGCUGGUCACGAAGAAUUAACUGCAGCCAAGAGAAAGUUGGAUGAAUUAGAAAUUAAGGCCAACGAUGCUGAAAGAAGGCAUGAUACCGCCACCGCUGCUGACUUGAGAUAUUUUGCUAUUCCGGAUAUUAAGGCUAGAAUUGUUGAUUUAGAAAAAAAAGUGGCUGAAGAAGAAGAGAAUGCCGGUGCUAACGCAAUGAUUCAGAACAUUGUUGGCAGUGAACAAGUUGCUGAAACAGCUGCUAGAUUGACUGGUAUCCCAGUUUCCAAAUUGUCUCAAGCUGAAAAUGACAAAUUGAUUCAUAUGGAAAAGGAAUUAUCUAAAGAAGUUGUCGGUCAAGGUGCUGCAGUGAAGGCGGUUUCCAAUGCUAUCAGAUUGAGUAGAUCUGGUUUAGCCAAUCCAAAUCAACCAGCUUCGUUCUUAUUCUUAGGUCUAUCAGGUUCUGGUAAAACCGAAUUGGCUAAAAAAUUGGCUUCUUUCUUGUUUAACGAUGAAAAGGCAAUGAUUAGAAUCGACUGUUCCGAAUUGAGUGAUAAAUGGUCUUCUUCUAAGUUGUUAGGAAGUGCUCCAGGUUAUGUUGGUUACGAAGAGGGUGGUAUUCUUACUAAUGCCUUAUCCCGCCAACCAUAUUCAGUGAUUUUGUUCGAUGAGAUUGAGAAAGCUGCUCCUGAAGUGUGCACUGUUUUGUUGCAAUUAUUAGAUGAUGGUAGAAUCACUUCCUCUGCUGGCAAAACUGUCGAUGGUUCCAACGCUAUUGUAAUUAUGACCUCCAAUCUUGGUGCUGAAUUAAUUAGUGGCAGUCCACAUUCUGUUCCUCCUCAAGAUGUCAAGGACCAAAUCAUUAAAAUUGUCAAGGGUCAUUUCAGACCAGAAUUCCUUAACCGUAUAUCAGAAACCGUUGUGUUCAACAAGUUAUCCAAGGCUGCAAUUGGUAAGAUUGUUGAGAUCAGAUUGAAGGAAAUUGAAGCCAGAUUUACUGCCAACAAUAAGAACAUCAAGUUAAAUGUCACCGAAGACGCUGUUAGAUGGUUAUGUGAAAAUGGUUACUCUCCUGAUUUGGGUGCUAGACCAUUGAACCGUUUGAUCCAGACUGAAAUUUUGAAUAAGUUGGCAGUCUUGGUUUUGAAGAGACAAGUUUUGGAUAAGGAAGAAGUUGAGGUUAAACUUAAUAGAGUUGGUAAUGGUCUAGAAGUGGUACCAAAUCACGAAACUGAUGAUCUGAUGGAUGUUGAUGUUGACGAUUGGGAAGAUGAUAAUGAUGAGGAUAUCAUCGAUCUUGAUUGA